AUGGCGGCGAGAGUUUCCACUCUAUCGGAUCUCAUUCACCGGGUGGCCUGUCCUUGCCUGAACAACCCGCUCACCCAUGGCCAUGGUGACGACGACAGCUCUGAAGCAGGGAACGACACGGAGGAGAGCGAGGUAGAGGAAGAAGUAGAGGAAGAGGACCAAGCCGAAGCGAGACGGAGCUCGCGUAAACUGGAGGAAGGCACGGCGAGUGGAGGCGGCGAUCAACAGAUUGCGAGGGUGAGGGAGGCGGAGGCGCUGAUGGAGGAGGUGUUCCAGGCGGUGGCGGGCCUGAAGAGGGCCUACGUGGGUCUGCAGGAGGCCCAUUCCCCGUGGGACCCUGAGAGGAUGAGCAUCUCCGACGCGGCGGUGGUGGCGGAGCUGAAACGGCUGGGGAGGCUCCGCGACCGGUUCAGGAGGGGCUGGAGCGGCGGGGAGGAAGGGAGGUUGUGGGCCCUGACGGCGCCGCCGCCUCUUCGGGAAGCGGUGGUGCCGUACGAGGCGGCGUUGGAGGAUCUGAGGAGGGAUCUCAAGGUGAAGGAAGCGGAGGUGGAGAACCUCAAGGAGAGGCUCCGCGGCUUCACGGCGGCGCCGCCGCGGUCCUCUUCGGCGCGAUUCGACUCGGGGAGGAAGGGAAGAUUCCAUCGCUCCGGCAGUAGGAUCCGCUGCAGCAGCGCCCUCGGUGAGAAAACUUUCUUCGCCAUCACCUCUUCCCCCUUCCCCCCCGUCGGCGGCUGGAAUUGACUCUGCUGAACUUCUUUACGCCGGACACAGCUCCUCUGCAGGUGGGUAAGCCCACCCCGGAGCUUUUCCGUGCUUGCAUGGAGGAGGUCAGGGAGGCGUCAAAGUCGUUCACCUCACACUUCCUUUCGCACAUGCGCGCCGCCCGCUGGGACAUCGCCGCCGCCGUCCGCUCCAUCGUCGAAGCCUCCACCGUCGGCAACAGCGGCCCCCGAUCCCCCUUCCCCGACGUCGGUCCCGAGCAGGCGAAGCACGCCAUGGAGUCCUACGUCAACCGGAAGCUCUUCCAUGGCUUCGAGAACGAGACGUUCUACCUGGAGGGCACCCUCUCCUCCCUCCUCAACCCCGAUCAGCACCGACAGGACUGCUACGCCCAGUACCGCGACAUGCGCGGCAUGGACCCCUCGGAGCUCCUCGGCGUGCUACCCGACUGCCAGUUCGGGCGGUUUGCCGCCAGGAAGUACCUGGCGAUGGUGCACCCGAAGAUGGAAGAGUCGCUGUUCGGGGGGCAGGAGCAGCGGCGGCAGGUGGAAGCCGGCGGCCACCCUCGCACCGUCUUCUACGGCGAGUUCCUGCGGCUGGCCAAGGCGGUGUGGCUGCUACAUCUCCUGGCAUUUGCCCUCGACCCGCCGCCCAGCCACUUCGAAGCGAGCCAGGGCGCCGAGUUCCACUCCUCUUUCAUGGAGAGCGUCGUCCGCUUUCGCGGGAGCCGGGUCGCCGCCGGCUGGUUGGUGGGGUUCCCCGUCGCCCCGGGGUUCAAGCUCGCCGACGGCUCCGUCGUCCGGGCCAGGGUCUUCCUCGUCCCCCCGGAGCCCUGA